AUGGCUCUUUAACUACCAAUUGAGUAAAGAAUUGAUAAAUCUUACAUACUUUAUUAAGAGAAAAUUAUUAUUGAAUAUCUCAAAGAUGAAUGUGGACUCUUGCGCACUCCACAAGGUGAAGAAAUCUUAAAAAAACUCAGGCAAAUUUAAAUGGCGGUUGAUUAGCAAUUAAAAUAAAAAGUUGAGUUUUAAAAAUUUGAGAAAAAUUAAGAGAGAGAAGAUUUGUAAUAAUUACAACAUAAAUUGCAAGAAUUAAAGCAAAAGUAGAAAGAUGAAUUUGCAGUCUUAGGUGAUUUGCAAAGUUAAUUAAAACAAAAAGUACAAAACACAAUAAAAAUAUAAAAAUUCAAAUAAUUAUUAAGUGAUAUUGAGAAUUAGGAUUGUAAGAGUUUUUUUUAUAUUAAAUAGUCAGAGAAAUCAUGAUUGAUGAUAAGACAAUAGAAGAAAGUUUGAAUUCAAUAUUUUUAGAACAUUUUACUAAAAAUUAAGCAUUAUUAAAAGAAUAAGCAGAGCAGAUAAAAUAUGCAAAGGAAGUUUAUGAAUAAUAAUAUCGUGAACAAUAAUAAUUAAAAGAAAGAUUAUAUUUGUUAUAGAAAGUGCAUUUGAGUGAUGCUUAAGAAAUUUGA